CCCAGCCCCCCGCUGCGUGUUCUCGGCCCUUGAGCUCGCGCUCCGCCCGCAGCCCUAGCCCUUGCGCACCCACCCACCCUCCACGCUCCUCCCGAGGCGGCCCCGCGCCGCAGCGGCAGCUCGCCGGGACCAUGGCCAGCCCCGGGCACGACAGGACCCCGUCCCGGCAGGCUGACGCCCAGCGGGGCAGCGCGGGCAGCAGCAAAAGCAGCGUCGUGAGCCUCUCCUCCAGCAGCCCAAGCACAACGGACGCCAGCAGUCAGACGUCCGAGGAGGAGUUCUACACGCAGAGAAGUGGUAGCAUUUCCAGGAUACUUGAUUUAUUUAGGGAAAAAGCAACAUCUUCCUCCCAAGAUGUGAUUAGGGAAGAACCCGUUACAGCAGCUCCAAAUAAAUGUGGGAUUGAUGUAGCCACCCAGACAGAGAUGAGUUGGCUUCAGGAUCAGUAUAAUAAAAGUGUUGCAGUAGGAGACCGCACGCAGCCAAAGAAAAAGACAAGGCUUAAAAAUUUAAAGAGUGCUCUACAAAAAAUUGCAACAGUUCGUGCUUAUGGCUCCUAUACACAUGGUGAAGUUUCUCCUAACUCUUAUUGCCCAUUAAUUCGAGCACAAUGGGCAGUACCUGAGAGGCUGCAGAAACUAGACAUUCUGUGUAAGAUGGAGUUUAAAGAAGAUUUUGAAAUGUUUUUUGAACCACUUCUGAAAACAAUUCCAAGACUUGGACCACCAGCCAUUCUAGCCUAUAAACCAGAGCUACCUCCACACGAUAAAAUUACUAAGUACUGGGAGAAGGAAUACCCUGCAAGCUGUGAGUUUUGUGGGAGAAAUUUGAAACCAUUUCCUUCCCUGGAUGAUGACGACUUUAACGCUGAAAACUAUGAGAAGCUCUUCUGUUGUCCUGAGUUCAGGAAGCUGUUUGAAUAUGUUCACCAUGAAAAGAACCUAAUCAAAAGUAUGUAUCCAGUAUCAGGAUCAAUCUGCAUCGACCCCCACCCACACUUUAGCAGUGAAAAGGAGAAACGUAAAGUAAAAGAAAAAGUCGUCCAGAGAAUCCAGGAGAGACACAUAGCCAGAACCUUUGUAUUCAUGGCAAAUGAACAAGAAGAAGUUAAUGUAAAGCAGAAUAGGACAGUAACGUAUCAACUUGCCCGGCACCCCUCAAUAAAAAUAGUGCAAGACAAAACCUUAGCUGAUUCAAUAAUCGAGGAUCAAUGUGCCUUUUGUAUUGACAGUGGUGAUAUUUGGACACUACCUUGCUUAAAGAAAAUAGAAAAUGACUUCCUGGAAAAGUACUACAAAGAAGGAGGAAAGUUCCUGACCAUGUUUCCAGAUGGCACAGCCCAAAUAUUCUACCCCUCGGGAAAUUUAGCAGCAAUCGUGGUGGCCAACAGAUUAAAAGGUCUCAUUUGUGUGAUCCAAGAAGAUACAGCAAAUAAACCUGCAAUUAGGGCAAUAUUUGAUUCCAGUGGCAAAAUGACCUGUUACUAUCCCAAUGGAAACAUUUGGGUCAACAUCAACCACUUGGGAGGGCAAUUUGCAGAUCAAGAAGGCAACCGAGUGAGGAUUUGGAAGUGGUCUAGUACCAUGACUUCAUUGCCCCUCGUUUCAUUUAAACCAAUAUUUCUGUCUUUAAACAAUUAUGUGGGUGUCCGGAUAUUAGAUCAAGACAAGAUUAUUAUCUCUUUUCUAGCACUGGGGCAACAGGCAAGAAUGAAUGUUGGAAUCAAGCUGCAGGUACGGAUACAUGAAGAGGUGCCCAAGCUCAGAUAUUUCACUGAUGAGGACCUUUUCCUGCUUGCACUUAUCAUAAAGAUUCGACGUUUGUUGAGCAAAAUUGAGAUCUGUGUUAACUUUCCCAGCAUUGAAAAUUGGUAUAAAUUGAAGACACCUUCCUACCUUGCAACUCGUGCUAUAAAAUUACUUUCACUCUGUCAAUAUUAUGAGUUAGGUAAAGAUGCAAUCUCAAGAAUAACUUCAUUAUUAAAUGAACCAAUUUAACUAAGAA